GUUUUCCCAUUCCUGGCUGGGUGCUUUUAGGACCAGCCUACUUCAUACUUGGUCUCCGUCUGGAGCAGAAGCGAAGGCUUCAGCUGCUCUGCCUCCCUCUCCCUGCCUAGUUUCUGCUUCAUAUUCCGUGUGCUCAGCACACGAGUUCCACUGCAGAAGUGGGAACCAUGUCUUUAAAGAUAUUAUUCGUACUGACCGAACUCUGCUGUGCAUGGAGCUUUACCCUGGCUCAAGGAAACUCUUUGUAUCAUCCAGAAUGCCCUGUAGAUCUAUAUUUCGUGUUGGACACCUCUGAGAGUGUUGCUUUAAGAAUCCAGCCCUAUGGACACCUUGUAAGACGGUUGAAGGAGUUUACUACAAGAUUCAUCGACAAAUUGCAGAACUGGUAUUAUCGGUGUGACCAGUCACUGGAAUGGAACGCUGGCGCACUUCAUUACAGUGAUGCAGUGCAGAAGGUUCACCCCCUCAGUUUUAUGGAUGAGAAUGGAAAGGCGGCCAUGAAACGGAACGUCGAAAACAUAAACUACAUCGGCAAAGGGACUCACACAGACUGCGCUGUACGGAAUGGAACGGAAGAGCUCCUUUUGGGUGGCUCUCAUCUCCGAGAGAACAAGUACAUGAUUGUAGUAACUGAUGGGCAUCCGAUCGAGGGGUACAACGAGCCGUGCGGAGGACUGGACAGUGCCACGUCUGAUGCAAAGAAUCAGGGCAUAAAGUUAUUUUCUGUUGCCAUUACUCCGGAUCACGUGGAACCACGGCUAAAUUUGAUUGCCACUGAUUCAAGAUUUCGCCGUAACUACACAGCAACCAGUGAAGAAGCUGAGGAGAUAGAAAAAACUAUCGAUGAUAUUCUUAGAACCAUUCAAGAAGAAGUGGAGCCAGUGUGUUGCUCCUUUGAAUGUCAGGCUCCGCAUGGAGAACCAGGAGACGCUGGUGACCCUGGAGAUGCGGGUUCCGAAGGACGUCGGGGCUCCCAUGGCCCUAUAGGACCGCCUGGCCUCCAGGGCAGUCCUGGUGAUAUUGGACCUGCGGGGCACCCGGGUAUGAAGGGUGACAAAGGAGAACGUGGUGUUAAGGGUGACAGAGGAUACAAAGGAGCUAAGGGAGCAAAGGGGUUACCUGGAAAAGAUGGGGUAGACGGUGAGAAGGGUGAAGCUGGCUACUCUGGUCUUCCAGGCUGUGUUGGAUCUCCUGGAUCUCCUGGUACUCGUGGAGAGCAAGGCCUCAAAGGAGAUCCAGGCCCAUACGGAACAAAAGGACAAAAGGGUGAACCAGGUUUGAACGGAGAACCAGGUCGAAGUGGAACUGUCGGGGAGCCAGGAGAUAAGGGCAACCGUGGGGACAGAGGGAGUGAUGGCGAUUUUGGAGAAAGAGGCGAUGACGGACCUCCAGGGAACGACGGAGCAACAGGCGAGUUGGGUCCUCCCGGUGAGCCAGGACUGCCUGGACCUCCUGGUCAACGAGGCAUCAGAGGUUCAAAGGGCGAAGAUGGGCCUGAGGGUCAGUCAGGACACGAGGGACCUCCUGGAGCUGUCGGAGAAGUGGGGGAGCCUGGCCGUCCUGGGCCCAGGGGAUUUAAAGGAGACAUGGGACCUCCAGGAAGAGAGGGAAACAAGGGACCAAGAGGUCCAAAGGGAUAUCCCGGAGAUGCAGGCCCAAUGGGAGAAAUGGGAGAACCUGGAAGCCCAGGGAAUGGCUCCCGGGGCCCACCAGGAUUACCCGGUAUUCCAGGGAUACAAGGAUUCCGUGGACCCAAUGGAACAGAAGGUUACCCCGGUCCCAAAGGCGAUGAUGGUGAACCUGGAGACCCUGGAAAUGAUAAUAAUGUUCCAGGAGAAAAAGGCCGCAAAGGAGCAAAGGGUUACAGAGGGCGUGAAGGUGAUCCGGGUCCUCCAGGACCUCCAGGACCACCUGGGCCUUCUGAAUGUGAAAUAUUGGAUAUCAUUAAGCGCAUGUGCUCUUGCUGUGAGUGCAAGUGUGGGCCCAUUGACCUCCUGUUUGUCAUGGACAGCUCAGAAAGUAUUGGGGACCAAAACUUCCGCCUAGCCAAAGAGUUUAUCAUCAGCGUGAUUGAAAGACUGACCAAAGACGAAAAAAUCAAGUUUGAUGGCAAAGAAUCUAAUGUUGGAGUUGUGCAAUACAGUCAUGCUGGAACAGAAGAAAUGGUCUCAAUGGCCCAUAAUAACAUCAACAGUCUAUCUGAGUUGAAAGUAGCAAUUAAGAACCUUCGAUGGAUUGCCGGAGGAACAUUCACUGGUACAGCACUGGACUGGUCAAAGAGAGCCUUUGGGCCAUCGAUUCAGCGAACACAAGUAGCUCUGGUGCUGACUGAUGGACGCACGGACAUUCUACGGGACCCCAAACCGCUGUCAUCGCUUUGCAAUGCUGCGGCCCGUGUGGUCUCGGUUGGCGUGGGUGAUGUUUUCUUGAACGAAGCUGCCUCGGAGAGCCUGGAGCAGAUUGCCUGCCAAGACCCCAGCGGGGCCCUGACAAGCACGAGCUACGUGGAGCUGCGGAAAAACGUGACGUUAUUCGAAAACAUGAUUGCAUUGAUCUGUAAAGACAAGAAGUGCCCAGAUUACUCUUGCCCAAUUACAUUCAACACCUCAACCGACAUCACUUUGCUGGUUGACAGCUCCACCAGUGUUGGGAGCAAGAACUUUGAAACCACCAAGAGAUUUGCCAAGCGACUGGCGGAGCGCUUCCUUAAAGAUGCAGAGGUCAAGCCUGGUGUUAGGGUGCGGAUUUCUGUGGUUCAGUACAGUAAAAAUCAGGUGAUCGAGGCCCAGUUCUCGAGCAACUACACCAUCGUGUCAGAAAGCAUAGACCAGAUGAAGUUCAUGAAUGAUGCAACUGAUGUGGCGGCUGCCCUGCAGCGUGUGAUUGCGAACUACCGGAACAUUCGGGGCAAUGUCAAUAAGAAGGUCCUCUUGUUCACGGACGGUCGAUCCCAGGGAGAGCUGGUGAACACCAUAGAGCGGCAGGCGCAAGCAGCAAAAGCAAACCAAAUCACGGUCUUUGCCCUUGCCGUGGGUGACCAGGUGAAUGAGGACAUUCUCCGGGCUUUAGUUGCUGGUAGAACGAUUGACUAUGAUGUAGAUAUUGGCGCACGCUAUCUCUUCCGGGUAAAGGAAUACCCUGCCCUUUUGAGAGGUGUAUUCUACCAAACAGUUAGCAAACAAAUGUCACUUUAUUAACAAUGAAGAAAUUUCUAAGCCCUCUAAGCUCUCCUAUUUUAUGCAUUUUUAUAAAGUGGUUACUUUCUUUGGGAAUUUGCUUUCUUGGAUUUUGCAUUGUCUUUCGAAGUGUAUCUUCAUUCAGGAAUGUUCCUACCCUGUGCCAUCCCGUCGCUCUGUGACUUUGCUCUAAUGUAUACCACUCCACCCUCGUGGUUCCUGUACCACUGUCUAUCCACUACCUUCUGCAAGGCUGGGACACUUUUCCUUCCUUUCAGUGCUCCUGGUUCAGGCAGCUGGAGGUACCAUAUCCUGAGGUUAAAACAAGGUGGCAAGGUCUGUGUAGGUCCCUGCCUCAGAAAGCUUCCUCUGAGUUAGUGAGAAAAUAGGAUCUGGUCAUUGUUGCACUAGUUUUGUGGAUGUUAGAUGUGGUGGUAGAAAAUCAGUGAUGUCCUUGCACACCGUGGAUGCCUGAAAUUAAUAUUCAGCUGCCGAGGGCAUCUCCUGAUCAGCAGGUUAGGGGCUGGAAGACUGUUUCAGAACCCCUCAGGGACACCGGGCUCCCUGGACGGAGGAAGCACUUGAUUUGGCCCAGUAAACACCUAACUCUGGCACGGUCAGGCCUUCUCCCUGAUCCACACUGCUGUCUCCCAGGUACAUGUGACAAGCACAAUUUAUGUGACUCAGGCUUGAGCCUAGUUGUGACCUGGCUCAGUUACAGCCUGGGCCCAGCCAUGGUCUGGCCUCAGCUAUGGCCUGGGGCUCAGACACAUUCUGGGCCCAAUGCCGGCCUUCCCACUUCAAGCAGUGCUCGGCCUCUGGCCUUUCUGUCCAGAAUUCCCUCACCAGAGGUUGUUCUUCUCAGUCCAGUGGUGGCAAAACAGUUCAGAGCCCUGCAACCACACUUGAUGCAGUUCCAGCUUGCGAAGGUCAGCCUGCUGCUGACCACUUGCACAUCAGAGCCUCCGGCAGGACUUUAAACCUGACGGCUUCUCAAGGGACUCACGGAUAGUGCUAGGUCAAAGUCUGUGCACUACCUUUGGCAGGGGCCCAAGCCCUUUCUUGCUCCCUCUAUUAAUGGUUUUAUUCCCUCAGAUGCCCCUCUAGAGUCCCAUUAACUUGUUGCUAUUUGCUACUGGACAGUUUGAUUGGAGUCAGUUCAUUUAAAGGCAAGGUAAGUAAAGCUGAUUGAUAGGUGAAAAAAAGAGCAGAAAACACUCCACUUGCAUUGGUAAUAUGAAAGGAGUAGGUCAACAGAUGCUUCACCAGAUUGCCAGCUUGUGCAGAUCACCAACACUUGAUAGCCGGCUGUAGUCGAUUAUCAUCUUCACUACGUUGCCAGUGAUCCAUAUAUGCAGUAUCUGGAGAAACUGUUCCCCGAGAAAAUUUAAGUCUUGAGACUGAAUUAGUGGUCAGAUUUUCCAGUGACUAUCCAUCAUGUAUAACCUGACCUGUAGAUCAGGCCACAUUAGCCCAAAGUUCUGUUAGAUGCAUCCAAUGAUGAUGAUGAGAUCGGUGGAGGGUGGUUACGAUUAAGCAGUUGUUUAUAUUUUUAUCUUGUUCCGUGAUUCAGCGUGGAGUCCCUUGGAGCUACACCACCCCAGCAACCCCACAACCCCGAUUCGCCCUAACCUAAUCACAGGAUCAUUUAGGUACGUCUUUGGGCCAAGGGAGGAAACCUGGAGAAACCCCAUGUGUUCCAUGGGGUGGAUAUACAGAGACUCCUCACAGAAUGGUAUUAGGAUUGAACUCUGAGCUCCGAAACACCCCCAAUAAUAUUCGUGUCGCACUAACCUCUAUGCCAGCAUUGAUCUAAAUAUUUUAAACGAUGGUACCUCACAGUUGUAUAAAAAUGUGGGAUCACCAUAAAGUACAGAGUAGAUUGAUUUCCCAGCAAUUAUUUUGAAGUGACUUAAAGCCUUAUAUACAUUAAAGCAACUAACACUAAUGUGCCCACUUGUAGUCUUCCUAAAAGUUGGAUGGCUAAGUCAACCGAGGCCACAUUACAGUAUCAACUUGCUUCAGAAAAGCCAAAGUAAAUUUUAUUAUCAAAGUUCAUAUCUGUCACGGUAUACUCCAUUGCGAUUUAUUUUCCUGCAGGCAUUCACAGGAAAAUGAAGAGAAUGAAUCUCAGGGUUGUAUUUGGUGACAGAUGUACUUUGAUAAUAAAUUUACGUUGACUUUAACUUGUCUGAAAUCGAACCUCUCAUUUUUUUUCUACCAAAGACCAACCAGCAUAGGGUGAGGGAAGUCUGUCAGAAGAGGAAGUUGUAGACAAGAUCAAAGGAAAAUGGAAUGUGCAUGAUCAGGAAGUUGGUUCUCUUGAAGGGAGAAAGGAUGAGGGAUGUAGUAAGAAUGAGGUUAGAGGUAGAUUAUUUGUGGAAUGACAACUUGAUGGGUUACAAACUGAAGUCUGAUUAAAGUAUCAUUAUUACUUCAGUAUAUAAGAGAUAGCUGUUGGCUAGAUUUAUCCACAGAAUAUAGUACAUGGGCAGUGGGCUUCUCCUCACACCUGUCUGUGAUGGGAGAUCAUGGCAUUGUGAAUGAAAGGGCAAGACUCAAUAUCAAUGAACAUUUGAUGAAUAAUGGACCCUGGAGGGUGUGUAAUACCACAGAGAUCGCUUGGUUUUAGGGGAAUACUUUGGAAUCGCUAAGCAUACUGAGUCCUGAUCGUUCAGCAUUUUAUUUUAAUGAGCAAACUGUGUUAUGAUCAUCAAGUAACCAUUUUGAAUGUAAAUAAAUGUUACUUUAAAGUAAACUUAUAUUGGUGCUAUGAACAUAGAGGGCUUCCAAAAAAAAUUUACAACACUAAAAGUUUUGGACCACGUGUGAGGUAAAACCUGCUUUAAAUCUAUCUCGUAUUUUGCAGAACUCAUUUUGUAUUUGUAAAAUAUAGACUUUUUUUUAAUGGGACCUGUAUCAUGUUUGCAGUCAUUGUUGUAAUUACACAAUUGGAGAUCAUGUAUGGAUUGGGUCAUCAGUGUUAAAUAAAGAUUUUAAUGUUUACUGUCA